AGAAUAUUGAGACUUUGCGCCAAACAGUCCCUCUCUAGUUUCUAAUUGAACAUAGACGUGACUCGUGAGUCGUGAGGUGAGUUUGCAGUAAUAAUGUAGUCCAUUAAUAGAAAGAAGAAACGCAAAAUCAGAUAGCGUUCUAAUUUGCUGGAGUGUAAAACUUCUUUCGUUCAAUUCAAUUCAAUGAUGGCACUUAAUUGCAUUCAUAGUUGCUCUUCACUUCAAAGCCCUAACAUCUUAUCAGUCCACUAUUCUAGCAAUCCAAUUUUCUUGCAUAAUAUUUCCAAUUCUUCAUCUAAAACCAUCUACUGCAACCAAAACCAUUUCAAACCCCUCUUCAAGACUCUAAAUUUCACACAUUUUAAGCGUGAGAAGUCUAAAGACCUCAAUUUUCUUAUCUUUUGCUCCAAAAGCUGUCAGGAGUCUGAUAAGGAGACCAAGCAUGAGCUAGACUCUGAAGGCGGAGGAGGCGAAGGUGGAGGAGGUGAAGGUGGAGAUGGAGACGAUGGGGGUGGCGGAGAUGAUACUUUGGUUGAGAAGGGCAACAGGGUUUUGCCCGAAUGGCUGGAUUUCACUUCAGAUGAUGCUAUAACGGUUUUUGCAGCUUUGGCUAUAUCUUUGGCGUUCAGGUCCUUUGUAGCUGAGCCGAGAUAUAUACCUUCCUUAUCUAUGUAUCCCACAUUUGAUGUUGGUGACAGGAUUGUCGCUGAAAAGGUCUCUUAUUUGUUCAGAAAGCCAUGUCCUAAUGAUAUUGUGAUUUUCAAAAGUCCUCCAGUUCUUCAGGAAGUGGGAUACACUGAUGAUGAUGUCUUCAUUAAACGAAUUGUCGCAAAGGGAGGCGACACUGUUGAGGUUCAUGAAGGGAAAUUAAUAGUGAAUGGAAUCGCCAGAAAUGAAGAUCAUAUUCUUGAAAACCCCAAUUAUGAAAUGACUCCGAUCCGUGUACCUGAAAAGUCUGUUUUUGUGAUGGGUGAUAAUCGGAAUAACAGCUAUGACUCACAUGUUUGGGGCCCACUGCCUUCAAAGAAUAUAAUUGGGAGAUCUGUAUUCCGGUACUGGCCACCCAAAAGAAUUGGUGGCACGGUUUCUCCAGAAGGCUGUGCUGUUGACAAGAAAGAUAGUAGCUUGGCAGGAGAAGAUACCAGUUUAGCAGCACAGUGACUUACGAUUUAAAAAAAAGUUCAAGGGAGUGUUAUUGCUAAACAUAAUAUUUCAUCAUUCUAAAUGCCAUCUUUUGAUUGAGCUGCAGACAGGGUCAAUUAUGAUCUAUUGGUUUAUUUUCUUUGGCAUUAUUGACCCUUAUGUGGUGUAGCAGAGAGGGUCAAUUAUGAUCUUCUUUUGCAUCAUUGACCCUUAUGUGGUGUAAAUGAAGGCUUAAUUUUUGAAACACAAUAGCUUGUCAAUGAUUUGCAUUGUUUAGAACGCCGCACCCUCAACCUAUGUUGCAUGGAAACGCGAAAAUCACGAGGAAAUGGGAAACGGAAAACGUCAACUUUUUCUCAAAAAAGGCUUGUUUGGAGAGUUUCCAAAUAGUUUCCGUAGAGUUUUCGAAACGGAAACGUCUCUUUCCCGAGAAUUUCCAUGCUACAUAGCCCUCAACUGUACAGACUUUUCUACUUCAGCAUUCUUGAUUGCACAUUGUGUCAUUAUUAUACCAUCUCCCUAUCCUAUGCUCCAUGUACUCCUAAUAGGGAGCCAACUGAGCGUUUGAAAUAUCCCGAAGUAUUUGGGUGUUUGUGUUUGCGUGCCAGCAUGUUAUACUCAGAUAUGAAGAGUGAGAGUUGUGUUCAUAUCCCUGAUACAAUGUUUUUAAGUAUUUGAGAAAAGAUUUUAAUAUUUAUGUGAUUUUCACUCCACUACUCCAGUAGGUUCUCUUUUUAAGAUCUCAAAAUGAAGGGAAAGUUAGAGUCUACUUGCUAAUGGUCAUUUGGGUGACUUUUUUUUUAUUUGCAGAAAGAAAAAGUGAUUCAAAGUCAAACUGUAUACGGAGUAAUUUAUAAGCAAUGAUUUCUCUGAUACCAUAGCAAAUCCAAACAUGAAAACUCAGGCCCUAUUGCACCUCGUUACUAACUGCUCUGUUUCAAUUAUCAUUUUAUUGCCCUUGCGGCUUUUCCCGAUACUCCUCACCCAGCCAGUGGCCUCCCAGAGUCCCAGACCAAAGUUGGGGUGGACCGGUUCGGGUUCAGGCCCGGUUCGGGCCUGGGCCCGGCUGGGCCUCGGUUCAUGAAAGGGGAGGCCCGGAACCGGCCUGGGUAACCCCCGGGUCCGGGCCGGGCCAGGCCGGGCCUCGGUUCAUGUAUUUUUUUUGCUUUUCCUAAUUAACCCCCAACCCUCCUCCCUCACCCCUAAACCACCCCAAACCACCUCAAAUGGCCCAUCAUACCCAGCCCAACACAAAAACUUAAAAAAAAAUUCAAAAAAAGAAAGAAAUAAAUAAAUUGGCCCGGACCGAGCCCGAACGGGCCGGGCUGGUUCACUAUUUAGCAGGCCCGGGCCCGAACCGCCUACCUCACCAGGCCGGGUGGCCUGAACCGGGCACCAACCGGUUCACCGAGCCGGUCCGGGCCCGCACAGUAGCGGGCCGGUCCAGUUCCGGGCCGGUUGGCUCGGCCCGAGUCCACUCCUACAUCGAAGCUUCAACCUCCCUUGACAUCCAGGACGCUUCACCCC